AACAGAAAUCGUGUGUUGGAUGAUAAUGGCUUGAUGGGAUAUCUGUGCCAUGGGCACGAAGUGGAAGGAGACGGAGCAGACGAAAGGGAACGAUGGUGACAGAUCACACCAGGACUCAGCGAGUAUUGCGGAUGUGUCCGUGGAAGUGGCCACCGUGGACCACACCCUCCGGAAGCUGCGCAGGAUGUACAGGAAGACGAGGCGGAAGCCCAAAGGACUCAAGAGGCUGUGGGCCUACCUGCUGAACGUGCCUCACAUCACAACCAUCACCGCGGCCGUGCUGUUUGUGGUGGUGGUGAUCAUAUGGUCGCUGCUCUGGGUCUUUAUCUUCCGCAGGGAAAGCUACAGCGGAGCGUAUUUUGCUGGGAUGUUCCGUGUUGCCAACGUAGAGUUCAUCCCAGAGUACCGCCAGGCGGAGUCCCAUGAGUUUGUCUCUAUGGCAACCAAAAUUCAACAUGUGGUGAGUUCUGUGUACAAGACGUCCUCAGUGGCCAGACUCUACAAGCAAGCGGUCAUUUCAGACCUCAGUAACAACAACAAGGGCGGAGUGUUGGUGCAUUUCUGGAUGGUGUUCAUCGUCCCCCAGAUGAAGACCACAGCGAUGCGGGAAGAUUUCAUAGAGGCCAUUCUCAGAGAUUCAAUCAACACCAGCCUGAAGAACCGGUCUUCUGUGGGCUUCCUGCAUGAACUUCCAGUUGACAUGGACUCCAUCCUCAUCAACGGAGUUCAGCGUUCAGAUUAUUCAUCAAACACAGCAGACUCGCAGUGCGUUGAUAAGCUGUACGCCAACCUCCCAGGAGCCAGCGUCCCGCUAAACGUCUACUCAUCGUGGGGAGGUGUGAACUGCCACGUGAAGCUGUCUUCAGUGCCCGGCUCGCUGAUCCGCCUGACCGUCACCUCGUUCCUCAUUGAGCCCACUGGCUGUGUGAACGACGCCCUGACUGUGUACGACGCUCUGCUGCCCAUGAGAGGGCGCAUUCUGCACAGGCUGUGUGAGCCGGCGUCCAGCUCCUUCUCCAUCGUCUCUACCUCCAACGUCAUGCUGCUGUCCUUCAGGAUGACCAGUGGCAACAAGAGCUUUAAAGGACACUUUGAAGCCAUUGCUGAGGAAAUAUGUAUGUCUCAAAUUGAGACCAAGUUGGAGCCUGAUAUCAGUGGUCGAAUCUACAGCCCAUUCUACCCGAGCCUGCUGCCUCCACAGUGUUCCUGUAGCUGGAGGUUUAAGACUCCAAACUCUAAAUUAGGCGUAGCUCUGCAGUUCGAGAACUACGCGUUGAAACCUGAGGACAUAAAAGGCUGCGAUAGUGGCUGGUGGAGGGUCAACGAAGUCAUAUUUUGCGGCAUGUACGUAGGACACCACACCGUGUUUCGGAUCCCCGACCACAGUCCACAGAUGGAGUUUCGCUGCAGCUCACCUAACUCUGCUAAACCUUUCCUGGCCUCAUACCACAGUUACAACAUCAGCCAGCCAUGUCAAGAAGGCCAGUUCUUGUGCACCACUGGACUCUGCGUGGAGAAGAGUCGACUUUGCGACGGCCUGGAUGACUGCCAGGAUGAGAGCGAUGAGGUCUUCUGCUCAAGGCCCACAAUAACCUGCAGCACUAAAAGACCUCCACACCCUUUGUUUGUAUGUAAUGGAGAGAUGGACUGCUCUGAUGGAGUUGAUGAGAUAAACUGCACACAGGAAACGAGCUGCUUGGCGAUCAGAUACCAGUGCAGGAGCGGAUCCUGCAUCCUGAAGAAAAAUGCAAAGUGUGACGACGUCCCCGACUGUCGGGACAGCAGCGACGAGGAUGACUGUGCCUGUGGUCUCCCCUCCUCGCUGAGGAAGGUGGGCUCUACGUCAGGCCUGGAUCGGAUUGUGGGCGGGGUUAGCUCUCACGAGGGGGAGUGGCCUUGGCAGGUCAGCCUUCACUUUGCAGGCAGCUUGUACUGUGGCGCUUCUGUCCUCUCCUCUGAUUGGCUCGUCUCAGCUGCCCACUGCUUCAGAAAAGAAAGCCUCUCUGACCCUCGCUCCUGGAGUGCUCACCUCGGCAUGCUGACGCAGGGCAGUGCCAAACACGUUGCAGAGAUCCAGAGGAUUGUGGUGCAUGAGUACUACAAUGCGUACACUUUUGACUAUGACAUCGCCCUUCUGCAGCUGAAGAGGCCCUGGCCUCCCUCCCUCUGGCCGCUGGUCCAGCCUGUGUGCCUGCCCCCUUCAUCCCACACCGUCACAGACACACACCGCUGCUUGGUGACCGGGUGGGGAUACCGAUCUGAGGAAGAUAAGGUGCUGCCCUCUGUGCUCCAAAAGGCAGAGGUGUCCAUAAUGAGUCAGACCGAGUGCAAAAAGAGCUACGGACCAAUCACCCCACGAAUGCUGUGUGCCGGCCUCCCCUCCGGAGAGAGGGACGCCUGCAGGGGGGAUUCAGGAGGUCCUUUGUCCUGCCAGGCCUCAGACGGGGGUCGCUGGUUCCUCAUAGGGAUUGUGAGCUGGGGGUCCGGCUGCGGCAGACCAAACCUGCCUGGGGUCUACACCAGGGUCACCAAGUUCACCUCCUGGAUCUACAGCCAUAUUAGCAGAGAUGAAGAGUUAAAGCAGUCCACCGGCUCACUUGACACCUCCUUGCCAAAGUCUGGAGGUCCGGGGGGACAGAAGACAGAGAGCCAGACAGCGUCAUCAUGCUGUUCCUGGAGGAGGCUUGUGUUAGGCCUCCUACCAUUUUUACCUUUCACUGCUGCCAUUACACUGACUCUCAACUAUUUAACAUCUCCAUCUUGCUCGGUGUUCUUCCUGGGCAGCAGCGUAGAGUUCCCAAACUUGACCUUCUCAUUAGAGCUGACCGAUCCCGCCUCCCCUCAGUUCCGCCUGCAGGCUCAGGCUUUGGACCAUUAUUUCUCAAAACUCUACGACUCUACCCCGUGGAGGUCUUACUACCUGCGCUCAGGAAUUACUGCCUUCAGUGAAGGAGAGGAGGGGCUCGGUGUUUUCUACUGGAGUAAAUUUUCAGCCCCCCACAAUGUGGCCCUGGAAAUCCAGAGCUCCAGCCCAGAGAGGCUGCAGCGGAGGCUCCCUGGCACCAACAAGGUGGUGCGGUACAGCCGCAACGAGCAGCACUACUACAUGGAGCAGGAGGACGACACGCUCCCCCUGCUGGACUUAGACUCUGAUGAUUCUGAUUCAGAAGACAGAAUAGACAAAAUGAAAAACCCAAAUAGCAUCCAGGGAGGAAAAUGGCAGCUUGGGUUUCAAGCAAUAUCAUUUGAUCUCUACGCUAAAUAUGGGAACAACCGAACUCUGAGUCUUGUGAGUCCCAAGAAGCCAUACUACCAGUGGCGUCUGCGCGUGCCCUCGGGUCACGUUGUGCGUCUGGUUGUCCUGACGCUUCAGGGCGCCACGCCUGGAAGCUGCACAGCCCACAAACUCUCUGCCUAUGACUUCCUGCUUCCUUUGCAGAACAAGAUCAUUGCCAGAUGGUGCGGGCUGCCGGUCUCAGGCUCAUCUCCAGUCAUGAAGCUGACCUCCUCGGGGAAUGUGAUGUUGGUCACCUUCUCCUUCAGCAGGCAGAAAGAUGGAGCAAUCUUCAAAGCUUACUUUCAAGCCAUCCCAAAAGCAGGCUGUGGAGGCUCAAUUUCUUCAUGGAACGGCUCCAUUUCCUCACCUUACUACCCCUCCUUUUAUCCUCCUAACAUAGACUGCACAUGGACUCUACGGGUGCCUGUGCCAGGAUAUCUGAUUUCGAUGACAAUCGUGACUUUAGACAUUCAAGAUUCCCCGUCGUCUGAUAGCUGUGAGAAGGACUGGCUGGACAUUGCGGGGGUUAAGCUGUGUAAUCCCCUGUCAGAGAGCGGCAGAAAGAGAGUGUACUCCUCUCCUCUCUCCGUCCACUUCCACUCUGAUGAAUCUCUCACCAACAAGGGCUUCUACUUGCUGUACCGAGCUUUCUCUCCAGAGGGCACUUGCCCUCGCCAGUUUCACUGUGGAGAUGGACGCUGUAUCCCUCUGAGGAAGGUCUGCGACGGAGUGAAGGAUUGCUCAGAUGGACGGGAUGAAGCUAAAUGCUCAUCCUGCAGGCCAGGGGAAGUGCUCUGUGGGAACGGUCAGUGCAAACCUCAGAGCAGCCAGUGUGUUGGUCAGAGCAGCUGUGCAGAUAGCAGUGAGGAAGGCAGCUGUGAGGUUAAAUGCUACCACGUUUGUCCCAACAAGGUGUGUUUACCAAAGUCAUCUGUGUGUGAUGGUGUGGUCGACUGCAAAGACCGCAGUGAUGAACUGAACUGCACCAGAGCAUAUCUCAAGAGUUGCUCCGUGGCGUCCUAUAAAUGUGCCAAUGGAAAAUGUGUCAGCAAGGUCAACCCUGAGUGUGACGGGGUUAAAGACUGCUUCGACGGCUCUGACGAACUGCGCUGUGGGUGUGGCACCAGGCCUAAAAAGCGGACUAAGAUAGUGGGGGGGUCUGAUGCUGUGUUGGGGUCGUGGCCCUGGCAGGUCAGCCUACAGAUGGAGCGCUACGGCCACGUCUGUGGAGCCACGCUGGUUUCCAAUCGCUGGCUCAUCUCUGCAGCGCACUGCUUCCAAGACUCUGAUGCCAUUAAAUACUCUGACGCUCGUGCUUGGCGGGCUUACCUCGGCAUGCGUGUGAUGACCAGAGGAAGCCACGGAGGAGCGACCAGACUGAUCCGUCGGAUCCUCCUCCACCCCCAAUACGACCAGUUCACGUCUGACUACGACAUCGCCCUUCUGGAGCUCAGUGCUCCAGUUUUCUUUAAUGACUUAGUGCAGCCUGUGUGUGUUCCUGCCUCCUCACACACCUUCACCACCGGGACGAACUGCUUUGUCACGGGAUGGGGCGUUCUCAUGGAGGACGGUGAACUGGCGUCUCGUUUACAAGAAGCUUCAGUGAAAAUUAUUAAUAGAAAAGUCUGUAACAAGCUGUACGAUGAUGCUGUUACUCCCAGGAUGCUGUGUGCAGGAAACCUGCAGGGAGGUGUGGACGCCUGCCAGGGGGAUUCAGGAGGUCCGCUGGUGUGUCUGGAGCAAGGAAGACGGUGGUUCUUGGCAGGGAUUGUCAGCUGGGGCGAAGGCUGUGCGAGGCAGAACCGCCCCGGCGUCUAUACCCAGGUGGUCAAAUUCACCGACUGGAUCCGCCAGCAGACCAAAGGUCAGGUCUGACAAAACAUGAGACUCUGACAAGGAAAUAACUUCAACAGACAGUGGUUUGAGUACUGACGAUACAUUUUUGUUCAGUCACUUUUUGGGAAUUUGUUCAGUGCUGCAAACCAAUCAGCAUCCUCACAAUCUGCAAGAAACAGAAUGUUGACAUGCACAAACAUUUAUUUUAUACUUGAUUAGAUUGGCAAAUGAACUUAAAACAGGGUACCAUAAACACAACAUCAAAAUGUUACAGCUAGUUUGGUUUUUUUGGAAUGGGGUUCUGUGGAGAGGCUAAAGUAGUCAGUAUCUUUCUUGCAGAAAAUUUUCUGAACAACCUGAGUUUGCAGAAACUUUACUGCAAAGUUGCAAAGGAGUUUCUAUUGUAUGUAUUUGUUGUUUUUUUUUAAUGAAAAAAGAGCGCUAUGUCUGAAUAUGGAAGAAAUUUCUCACUACUCAACUUGUUUGUAAGAGUCCAUGUUGUCUUGUUUCUUAUUAAAACAUUACGCCUCGCUGUCGCUCUGCUCCUCCUGCUGCAGUUGCUGAUAUUUUUUCUUAUCAUGUAAACUAGUCUCUGCCAAACUUGAAUGAUCAGGAUAGAUAUUUUCCAGUGAAUACAAUCUACAUCGUUUCUAUCAAAAUCUCAUCGAAGCCUAUUUUAACGAUCAUCGUCAAUCCUCAUCUUGUCAAUAUUCAAAAUAUGUUUUUUUCCCCCAAAUUAAAGGUCAUAUCUUGUAUUUAAUGUGAAAAAGUCGUCGCCAGAUGUUCAUCUAUAGAUUCGUUUGGGUACUGUAAUGUUACUACGAUAACUGAUGUACUGUUUUCUUUUGUAAUUUUUGUUUGUUUGUGAUUUUGCAGAAACUUGAAAAUCUCUAAUAACUACGUUAACUUAAAUUCAAUUUCUUCCGUCUUAGCUUUGAUUGGAAAGAAAUUCAAAAUACAGUACUUCGUGGAAACAUUAUUUUAUUAUUUAUUUACAUGUCUUGAAAAUGAAUAUGUUGAUAAUUAUGAAACUUUGUUGUUGCAUUUGACAGUUUUUAUUCCAGCAGAAGUCUGUGAUGACCUCCCCACAGAACCCCACAUGAAAUAUCUAAAUAGUCCCUUAAACUUUGAAUUUGGUGUGUAUUAUUAUCAAUUACACUGCACAGGUCAAUAUUUUAGCUAUGAUAAAGAAAUUAAUAUAAAGUUAUAU